AGAAGGCGCCGCUCUCCCGUGCCAUGUUCGGGGAGCUGGAGCGUCAGGCCCCGCCAGGCAUCCCCGUCUUCCAGCCAGAGCUGGAGGAGCCCGACAUCUGGCAGGUCCUGGGGGGUGACAAGGACGACUUCCUCAUCUACGACCGCUGUGGCCGCCUGGCUUUCCACAUCCAGCUGCCCUACAGCUUCCUCCACUUCCCCUACGUGGAGUCGGCCAUCCGCUUCACCCACAGCAAGGACUUCUGCGGCAACUGCUCCCUCUACGCCAACACCAGCCAGGAGGCUAACAGUACCAUGGAGGUCCCUGUAACCAUGAGCCCGCUUCCCGAACAAGAGCAGAAGGAGUCAGAGACCCCCAUCCAUCAUCACAACCCCCUCCAUCCUCACCACCACCAUGUGGUCAGCACUGAGAGCACCAGAGAUCCCAAUGGGGACCAUGAACCUGCCACCCAUGCUCACCACCACCGUGGAGACCACAGGCAGUCCCAAGCCAAGGAGCCGAAGCAGGAGGAGGGAAACGAGCACUAG